AAAAUGGAUAAGCAGACCUGAUGUGCUCCCUGUUCAUCCCGUUUCUUCAUGAAUCUAGGAUCCAAGACUCAGUUCUCAUAUCCCACAAAUCUCACUGGGGCAUCAAUAGCCUGAAAUCCUGUCUCCUUUUUUACAGAAGCUGAAGACCCAGGGAACAAGUUCUCUGCUCUGUACCUUUAGCCAAUAGGAUGAAUCUCCAAGACCUAUUCAGAAAAUAAUGCAUUCUGGUCUUUUAUGACCUGAAUGUGUUUUCAUCCUGUAGAGCAGGAACGUGGAGGAAGCUGAACCAGUGAACUCUGAGAGCAGCACAGAGCAGUGGGUAAGGACUUUUGGUAAACAUUUGCUGGUGUUAAUGUUAAAAGAGAGUUGGGGAAAUGGAUGGAGGCAACCAGAGUGAAGGUUCAGAGUUCCUUCUCCUGGGGAUGUCAGAGAGUCCUGAGCAGCAGCAGAUCCUGUUUUGGAUGUUCCUGUCCAUGUACCUGGUCACGGUGGUGGGAAAUGUGCUCAUCAUCCUGGCCAUCAACUCUGAUUCCCACCUGCACACCCCCAUGUACUUCUUCCUGGCCAGCCUCUCCUUCACUGACCUCUUCUUUGUCACCAACACAAUCCCCAAGAUGCUGGUGAACCUCCAGUCCCAGAACAAAGCCAUCUCCUACGCAGGGUGUCUGACGCAGCUCUACUUCCUGGUCUCCUUGGUGGCCCUGGACAACCUCAUCCUGGCCGUGAUGGCAUAUGACCGCUAUGUGGCCAUCUGCUGCCCCCUCCACUACACCACAGCCAUGAGCCCUAAGCUCUGUAUCUUACUCCUUUCCUUGUGUUGGGUCCUAUCCGUCCUCUAUGGCCUCAUACACACCAUCCUCAUGACCAGAGUGACCUUCUGUGGGUCACGAAAAAUCCACUACAUCUUCUGUGAGAUGUAUGUAUUGCUGAGGAUGGCAUGUUCCAACAUUCAGAUUAAUCACACAGUGCUGAUUGCCACAGGCUGCUUCAUCUUCCUCAUUCCCUUUGGAUUCGUGAUCAUUUCCUAUGUGCUGAUUAUCAGAGCCAUCCUCAGAAUACCCUCAGUCUCUAAGAAAUACAAAGCCUUCUCCACCUGUGCCUCCCAUUUGGGUGCAGUCUCCCUCUUCUAUGGGACACUUUGUAUGGUAUACCUAAAGCCCCUCCAUACCUUCUCUGUGAAGGACUCAGUAGCCACAGUGAUGUAUGCUGUGGUGACACCCAUGAUGAAUCCCUUCAUCUACAGCCUGAGGAACAAGGAUAUGCAUGGGGCUCUGGGAAGACUCCUAGAUAAACACUUUAAGAGGCUGACAUGAGGGCAAUUUGGAAAGACAGCAUUAAAGUGGAGACUAGGAAUAUCCUUCACCCUAUGUAAGGGAUUGUCCUGUGUGUUAUACAGCAGUGAUUGGGACAUGGCUCCAGCUCAGAGACAGCAUAUAGAUAUUUGGUGAUAAAAAAAACAUAUUUGUAACCUGGUGUCCCCCAGGUCUCAUCAGCCUUGGCCGUAAAUAAGGUCACACUAACACCAACACUAGAAUGUUGCAGGGUCAAAUUCUUCAAUGCACCUGACUACAGGGCCACAUUCUUGGCCUCAUCUGACUAUAUCCAGUUUAAACCUAGAAGUGUCUCUCAUCUAGCACACAUCCAAAGUACAGAAAGUAAAUAGUAGCUGAUAAGAAAGUUAGUCACUUGGCUGUGGUGGUUUGAAAGAGAUUGCAAUCAUACAUAUUUGUAUCAGCUGAGCCAGCACGUGAUAUAGACCUUAACAGGUGGUGUUCAAUUCAUUUGACAUUCAUGCAGUCAUUCAUCAACUCAUUCUAUUCAUAAUGACAGUCUACAGAGGCCUCAAACUGGGUUACAAACGUGAGGUCACAGUCUACUGGGGGAAGUACAUAAAUUUACAUUAAACAUAAAUGGACCUAACUCAUCAAUUAAAAAGUAAUGUUCAACAUACUGAUUAAAAAAUAAAACAUAGAUAGAUGUAUUUAAAGAGACACGAUGAAAGCACAGGAAUGUAUAAAGCUUGAAAUUAAAAAGAGAAACAGACAUAUUUGGAAAAUACUAAAUAUUUUAAGUGAAAUAUUGCUGCAAUGACAUCAGGUAAAAGAUAUUUCAAAACAGAGGUGAAAGGAGUGAUGUCAACAAGAUGGUGGAAUAGACAGUUAUAUCUCUCAUCCACCAACAUACAGACUGAUUUAUCAACCAUCCACAGAUGAAAAUACCUUUGUGAGAGCUCCAGAAUCCAAGUGAAAGUUUAUAGCACCCUGGUAGUACACAGAAGUAGAAAAAACACCGUAUUGAACAUUGUAGAAAAAACUCUGUCACAUUACCUGAAUCACCCCUCACCCAAGCCAGCACAGAGUAGCACAAAGGGAGAUCCCCUCAUCUCAUGAGUUCUUCCAUAAGUAAAAAAGAAAAUAAAACAUAUGUACAACUUCCCCUGACUUUCAGGAUGCUAACCAAGAGGACCACUUCUGUCAUGCCUCACCAAGAAUACUGAGGCAAUUCACAUGGCCAGACCCCUCUGAGUAGCUAAGAACAAGAAAAAAAAAAAAAAAAAGAAAAUGGUUGGGAGCUCUUAAUAGUCAGUGUGUGUAUUUUAACAACUGGGGCCUUGCACCCUACAGUGGGCCUGUGCAUGGUGCCCAGAAGCUGGCACAUCCACCCACAUCCCCAAGCACUAGGCCUGCCUGCCCAUAGACCCUGCCAACUGGCCAGCCCAGAAUAUCUGGCUAAGCUGACUGGUGAAAAACAGUUCCCAUCAAAUAGGACUUUCCCUAUCAAAACCAGCCUGUAAAGACUAAAAGAGAUGACUGCUUCUUCAAAUGUGCAAACACAAAUGUGAAGCUACAGGAAACACAAGGAAUCAAGGAAACUUAGCAAAGCCAAAGGAACAAAAUAAAGCUUCGGAAACCAUCAAAGAAAUGGAGAAAUACGAACUGCCUGACAAAGAAUUCAAGUGAUCAUUUGAAGAAACAUGGUGACCCACACAAAAACACAGGUAAACUACUAAACAAAAUCAGGAAAUCAAUACAUAAAUAAAAUGUAAAUUUCAACAAACAGAAACCACAAAAAAGAAACAGUAAUUCUGGAGCUGAAUAAUACAAUGACUAAACUUUAAAAAACUCAAAAGAGCUUCAGCAGCAGAUAUGAAGAAACAGAAGAAAGAAUUCACUACUCAAAAACAGGUCAUUUGAAAGUACUAGUAAGAGAAACAAAUGGAAAAAGAGUGAAGAAAGCCUAUGGGACGUAUGGGACCCAUCAAACAAAUACACACAUUACGGAAGUAUCAGAAGGAAAAGUGAAAGAAAAGGAGGCAGAAAACUUAUUUUUCUAAAAAUGGCUAUUCACAGCAGCCACCACAGGCAGGAAGACAAGAAACCUGAAAGUGCUGCUUGCUUUCUCAACAGGGAGACUUGCAGCCUGGAACAAGUUUUCAGCCCUGCUCACCAGCUACCCGGAAAUAAACUCAGCACUGUUAGGGGUAGGGCACAUUGGGAGUGAGAUGGCCACUUGGACAGCAUGGGAGCUGGGUGAGGCCUAUCACUGCUGGCUUUCCACCACUUCCCUGGCAACCUGUAUGACACAGCAGAGGCAGCCAUAAUCCCCAUGGGAACAUAACUUCAUUGGCCUGUUAACCACACCCCCAUCCCUCACGGUGGCCACAGCAAGCCCCACCGAAGGAGAGUCAGAGCUCACACAUGCCUAACCCUGCCCCAACCUAAUGGUCUUUCUCUACGCACCCUGGGAGCCGAAGACAAAGGGCAUAAUCUCUUGGGAGCUCUAUGGUCCCACUCACCACCUGAGAAACUGGAAUACUUAUCCAGGCCACCUUAGGGCAAGUUUGUAUCCCCCCUAUGCUACCACAGCUGGUGCACUCUUGAAAGGACCACCUCUUGGCUGGAGGCCAACUAGUACACUAAACAAAACUUCAACCAAGGACCAUAGACUCCUAGAUAAACACUUGGACCAUGAGAGUUCACUUUACUCCACUGCUACCUCCACUGGACCAGGCGCUGGUAUCCAUGCCUGAGGGACUGAAGACAGAUCACAUCACAGGACUCUUCACAGACACCCCCCAGUACCAGCUCAGAGCCCAGUAGCUCUGUUGGAUGGCUAGACCAGCAGAGAAAUAACAAUCAUUGCAGUUUGGCUCUCAGGAAGCCCCAUCCCCAGGAGAUGGGGUAGAGCCCCGUAUCAAGGGGGGAUCCCAUGGACAAAAACAAUCUGAUAAGUAGCCCUUGAGCCCCAGAUCUUCCUUCUGACAUAGUCUACCCAAAUGAGAAGGAACCAGAAAAACAAAUCUGGUAAUAUGACAAAACAAGGUUCUUUAACACCCCUGAAAGAUCACACUAGCUCACCAGCAAUGGAUCAAAACCAAGAAGAAAUCUCUGAAUUGCCAGAAAAAGAAUUCAGAAAGUUGAUUAUUAAGCUAAUCAAGGAGGUGCUCGAGAAAGGUGAAGUUCAACUUAAAUUAAAAAAAAAAAAAGUAAGGGUGGAGACCACCCCUCAUAUUGUCUUAUGCCCAAUUUCUGCCUCCAAAGAAAGAAGUAAAAACUAAAAGGCAGAAAUGAAAUCUAAAGGCAGGCAGCCUGUCACCACGCCCUGGGCCUGGUAGUUAAAGAUCGACGCCUGACCUAACUGGUUAUGUUAUCUAUAGAUUACAGACAUUGUAUGGAAAAGCAUUGUAAAAAUCCCUGUCCUGUUCUGUUUCGUUCUGAUUACUGGUGCAUGCAGCCCCCAGUCAUGUACCCCCUGCUUGCUCAAUUGAUCAUGACCCUCUCACGCAGACCCCCUUAGAGUUGUGAGCCCUUAAAAGGGACAGGAAUUGCUCACUGGGGGAGCUCAGCUCUUGAGACAGGAGUCUUGCCGAUGCUCCCGGCCAAAUAAACCCC